AUGAUUCAAAAUGAAGAGCCGCAGUGGACUCACGCGCGACGGACGCCUCUGCCCGCGACCCUGGAUGUCGACGUGUCUGGCUGUCACUUCAGAGCUCUGUACCUUGGCCACGGCUUACUCAAGGUUGCGUGCCUGCUGGAAGCGGCGCACCCCGACGAUGGCCACCCAUUCUCCGGCAAGGUCCUCAAGCUCUGCAAGGGGGCGGACCCAGAGCCCGAGCUUUCUGCAGAACGCGGGGACAGCGGCAUUUACCCACAUUUUCUUGCAGCGGUUCCCGUCGUUCAGCUCAACAGCGCUGCGCAACCCGUCUGUCACUGGAACGGAUGGAUCACUGAGCUAGCCGUUCCAUUGGACCAGGCGCUAAGGCGCGGUGCGUGUUCCGAGCAGCGCAUGGUUGGAGCAGCGCGCCGCGUGCUCCGAGCGGCCACACGUGGCCAUUCCAUGGAUGACCCGCCCCUGUGUAACUUUGGAAUGCUGGAGGGCGACGUCGUUAUCAUUGACGCUGGCUGCUCGCCUCGGCUCGACAAGGAGAUGGCAAAGUCACGUGCCGACAAGAAUGUGAUGAAGAAAUUCUGGGCCAGAGCUGGGCUUGUCAUCGCGUCGGGGGAGCUGGCCAGAUACCAGGGCGCAUGGCAGAAUGCUUCGACGGUGGCCGAGGAGCUCUCGGACGAGGUGCUGGAGUGGGUCGCGCGCAACUUCCUCUGGGGCAAUCUGUCAAGGCACGGGCUCCUCUCUGACGGCGCUGUCGGGCACCUCCCGGACGACGAGUGCUGCGCUGCUGAGGUCACAUUGGAGCUGCUGAUCAGAUUGACAACCGGACGCCGCGAGAGAAUAUGCAACGACUGCAGCGUCGACAUCUUGAGUAAAAAAGAGCUCGAUCGUGCCUCGAAAGAUUGGAAAG